AUGACCUCUUUCACGGGAAGCUGCAUGUGCAAUCAGCUCAAAUUCUCCUUUACCGGUGAACCGAAACAAACGGCCAUCUGCCACUGCGUUCAAUGCCAAAAGCUCAGCGGCUCUGCCUUCACUUACAACCUCCUUGUCGACCGCGAGGACUUCAAAUGGACCUCUGGGGAGCCCAAGACCGGCAGCUUCGUGCAAGAGAGCGGGAUCUACAUCCAGUAUUUCUUCUGCCCGGACUGCGGUACCAUAAUUUUCAAGCAGACCGAAGAGAAAGCAGAUUUGAGGCCCUUCGCCAUUGUUCAAGCUGGGACAGUUGAUGGAUAUGAUACCAAGAGGAAGCCCGAUGUUGAGUUUUGGGUGAGUCGAAAGGCAGACUGGGUUCAGCCCAUUCCGGGCGUUCCGUAA